AGUUCCAGCCAACACGCUCAUGACUCUAGUAACUGGAAUCCUCAAAGCUCGACCAAUACUUUAACGAGUUCGAUUAAUGAUAAUUUUCAUCAAUCAAGAUCUCAUUACCAACCAGGAUAUCUUAUGUCUUCAACAUCCCAGAACAAUGCAUCUCCCCCGCAUCAGCGCUUUGAUGACUUGCCCGUGGUUCAAACGAAGGCCAAAUUGAACCACGCGCUGUCCAGGGGACCUACAGCAGAGUUUGGAAAGGAUCCUAUGUUUGAGAGUUCACGACAGCGACCAACGCUGGACGAGGACGCACCACCAACUACCUCGGUGAACGAUAUUGUCAAUGCCACAUAUAUGGACCAUUCUGUCAGGAAUCAGCGAAAGCUGGCGGCAUCGGGUACCCAUAUAUCGCGAUCAGCUCGACUAGUGCCCCUCCCGGCGGGCGAUUUCAGCUAUAUCAUUGUGUUUGGAUAUCCACCAGACAAAUACAGCGUUGCCGUUGAAUAUUUCAAGCAGCUUGGGGAGGUCACAGAACCUGAGGUCAACACAGAGGUUGUCAACUGCUUCCGGGUAGGAUUCAAGAAUCCUGGGGAUGCUCUGCGUGCUGUGAGGAAGAAUGGUGAAAUCAUCAGCGGAAGUUGGAUGGUAGGCGUCAAGUGGGCUGACUCGGCUCAAGGAGAUAAUAUUUUCGGGCAAUCGCUUGAUAUGCGGGGACCAACAUCUGCGCAGUCACCUGGGCCUGAUUCAUCAUCUCACCUUUCAGAUGCUAUGGCCAUUGAUGUUGACUCAGGACACCCACGCGUCCAGCUACCAUCAACACCACCAGUUGGAACUCCCAUCAGGUUGGCACCACCGUCCUCCGCAUUCAAGAAGCCGGGGACAGGUCAGAAGUCCACCAGCGUACAACCACCUCACGUGGCGGUCACGCCGUUGGCGAUGAGUAGCACGACCAAUUCACCGACAAAAGGGGUUAUAGGACAGGUCUCAGAAUUGAUUUUUGGGUGGUAA